AUGGAUACUGGUAAUGUCCCUGAUCUGGUGCAGCGCCUGGGGAGUGAUGAAGAUGCCGUGCGCAAAAUGGCUGUCUUCAAGCUGCAGGGCAGCAUUGGUGACCCGUCUUUCGCAGACUUCUUUAUCAAUGAGGGAGGAUUGACUCGCCUGCGCUAUUUGACUCUACAUGCUAGUGGAAAUACCCUUGCCUAUAGUCUGACAAGUUUUGCGAGACUACUUGAGGUCGACAAAGGUUGGGAAUGUGUUGACCAGGAAUUGGUGGAACGACUUGUUGAGCUCAUCGUGACCCAUCCACUUGUCAACAUCCUCCGAGGCGCCAUGUCAGUACUCGUCUCCGUUGUUUCACACCCUCACGCCGAGGAUCGCUCCGAGCCCGACAUGUUUGGUUUCCGUGCGUUAAAACCAGCCAUUGCGAUUUAUCCUCAGUUUUUGGAGAUGCUUGUCACCCGCCUAUCAUCGGCAGAUCAUGCGUUAUGCGCCAAUGCAUUGCAGUUGGUCAACUCCCUCAUGCGCGAUUCUAUCACCUAUGAUUCCGAGGCCGAGUGGCCCAAAUUUAUCCAGAAACUACAGGACCUGGGUGUUAUUCGAGGGGUAUAUGUGCUGAUGCAGGACUCAGCCUUACACGACCUGGCGCCGCCGCUACUUGAAUUCCAAUCUCUGACCAAAAUUCUGCUUCGGAAGUGGAGAGAGAUCCCGAUGGAUCAAGAGAAGCCUGAACACCGACGCGCGCUGAAGGGUAUAUACGUUGCUAGCAACCCAACCAAGAGCCCUAAACAUACGGAGAAUAAUGACGAGACCACAAAGGGACACAGUCCAGAAAAGUGGCAGCGACUGGGAUUUGAGACAGAGAGCCCUACAACCGAAUUCCACGAGGUCGGUUUCUUGGGUAUGAUGGAUCUGGCAGACUAUACUCGCAGCCACCAGAAUGAGUUUCAGAAGUUGCUUCUAGAGCAAUCGACAAAACCCCCACGCCAGCGGUGCCCAAUUGCGCGCGCGUCAUUGGCGGUGACGUCCAUAUUGUACGAACAUUUUGACGUGGACAAGCCCGAUAUGGAUGAUUCAAAGAACUACAUGCUUUUUGACUCGCGUUCCAGCCUUGACAAAUUAUUCCGACCGCUGCUACUCCACUGGACUCGUUUACAUCUAGCCGGUCUACAGGGCUUCAUACGUAUGUGGAAAGCAACAUCGGCUGAGACAGAGGACUUUGAUAAGUUGGUAGAACUGGUGCGUAUACUGAUUGAGUCGGUUGUGGGCGGGGCUGCUCGGACCAAAGACGUACAGGAUGUCGAGGAAGAAUUGUUCAACUUCGAGUACCACCGGUUGCGAGAGCUACAGAUGGAGCUUUUGGAGCUCACCUACGAGGAAGCAUGGGGAAAGCACUUGCGACAGGUUCGAGAGGAACUGCAUCACGAAGCUCUGCAGUUUGUCAAAGAACAGCGUAUCCGUUGCUUGCUGCGCGGUGCUUGGUUCUUACAGGACUCUUCCAAAUCCGGGUCUUCUGCUUCGUAUCAGUACGUUCAGUUGUCGCACAACCGACGAUAUCUACAUUUUGGAGAAUUUGAUUCGAAGGGAGACCGGGCUCCGGAGUUGGACGCAUUGCCAGAAAAGAUCAAUCUCUCUAUCGUUUCUUCCGUGGUGUCUAAUGUGUCAAGUAAAUCAGAUGCUUCCGUGUCUACUGCCAAAACAGCACCACGUCAGCCUGCUACCAAGAUCACCAUCCAUGGCCACGCACAGACAGACCAUUCGAACUCUAAGAAUGGUCACAAACGGUCUGGUAGCCAGUCUACCCUGAAGGAAGUGGUCCUCCUCACACUCCGGCCUUCCUCGCACAGCGUGGCAUCUGAAUGGCUGGAUGGGUUGCUCAUGCUUCUUAAACAGCAACCUAUCACAGCAGAAACGAACAAACUGAUUGACCUUGUUGGUAACUAUGGACUGAAGAUUCGGCUUCUCAAUGUACGGUUUGAUGAUGCUACAUUUGCUGGUGAGGCACCACCAGUUCCUACGCGAGAUGGAUUGGAGGAAGAUUACUAUUAUGAUGUUUUUGGUGGCGCAUAG